GAAUAUUUUACUUUUAAAAAAAUGUCUCUGUGGGUAGAUAAAUAUCGUCCGAACAAUUUCGCUAAAUUAGAUUAUCAUAAAGAACAAGCUCAGCGACUAAAAAAUAUGGUUCAACAAGGUGAUUUUCCCCAUUUGUUGGUUUAUGGACCACCAGGAGCAGGAAAAAAGACUAGAAUAAUGUGUAUUCUCAAGGAGCUUUAUGGAAAUGGAGCUGAGAAACUUAGAAUGGAACCAAUGCUAUUUGAAACUCCUUCAAAGAAAAAAUUUGAAAUCAUGACUAUUAGUAGUAAUUAUCAUAUAGAAGUGAAUCCAAGUGAUGCAGGAAUUCAUGAUAGAGUAGUUGUAAUGGAUUUGGUCAAAACUACAGCGCAAACAUAUCAGAUUGAUCCAACUGGUCAAAGAGAGUUUAAAGUGGUAUUAUUAACAAAUGUGGAUCAUUUGACAAAAGAUGCUCAGCAUGCACUUCGUCGUACUAUGGAAAAGUAUGUUGCUACUUGUAGACUAAUUCUGUGCACCAAUUCCACUUCAAGAGUAUUGCCAGCAAUAAGGUCUAGGUGUUUGGGUAUCAGAGUUCCAGCUCCAAAGAUAGAUGAAAUAAAGUCUAUCUUGUAUUUUGUGGCUAAAAAGGAAAGUCUCAGUCUUCCUGAUGAUCUUGCCAAAAGAAUUGCAGAAAUAAGUGGUAGAAAUUUGAGAAGAGCCAUUUUGAUGUUGGAAACAUGUAAAGUUGAACAGUAUCCAUUUGCUGCAGACCAAAAAAUUACAGAACCAGACUGGCAAGUUUAUAUCAGAGGUAUUGCCAACAUGAUGGUUGCUGAGCAAAGUCCAAAGAAAUUAUUGGAAAUUCGAAAUCGAUUUUACGAACUUCUAAUGCACGCGAUUCCCACAGAUUUGAUAUUUAAAGGACUUUUACAAGAGGUUACGAAAAAUUGCGAUUUACAAUUGAAAAUUGAAAUUGCCAGCAUUGCAGCAGAUUAUGAGCAUAGGAUGCAUCAUGGAUCUAAAGUUAUCUUUCACUUGGAAGCGUUUGCCGCCCGCUUUAUGGCAGUCUACAAGAAAUUUAUAGAUUCCACAAUGGGAGAUUUUCUGUAAAAAUUCUAUUGCAAAUCGAAUCUAUAUUUUUAUUAAAUUAUUUAUCGUACGAUAUCAAGUUAUUUUAGUACAUUUUCUAAUAAAUAGUUUUAUUUUAUACAACAUAAUAUCUGAAUUUU